UAUAUGCUCCCUUCAUUCUGGAACUCAGCAUCGAUCCCACUUUCACCUAAGAAACAAAAGUUCAUUUUUCAUCCCGAUCAACCUUCAUAACUUUCCAGAAGACAUCGUCGAUCAUCCCAAAAUGUCGGAUCAGAAGAAUCCAAACGCAGAAUCUGGAGGUGGCAGUAAUGUUUCCGUUGAAGCAGCACAAGGAAGAAUGAACAAUCUUCCCAAUUUCCUGUCAUCUGUGAAGCUCAAAUACGUGAAACUUGGCUACCAUUACGUGAUCUCCAAUGCUAUGUACCUUUUCCUCAUACCAGUUCUUGUUUCUGCUUCGGCUCAUCUAUCAACUCUCUCGGUCCAAGACAUAAUCCAGUUAUGGCAAAGCCUUAAGUUCAAUCUCGUCCAAGUCACUCUGUGUUCGAGUCUUCUGGUGUUCUUAGCCACCUUUUACUUCAUGAGCCGUCCACGAGGUGUUUAUUUGGUGGAUUUUGCGUGUUACAAGCCAGACCCAGUUCGAAUGUGCACAAAGGAGUUGUUCAUGGAGAGAUCUAGACAAGCAGGAUUCUUCACAGAGGAGAACUUGAUGUUUCAGAAGAAGAUUCUAGAAAGGUCUGGUUUGGGACAGAAGACUUACUUCCCACCCGCAGUUUUAAGUGUUCCACCAAACCCAUGUAUGGCUGAAGCGAGGAAAGAAGCAGAGGAGGUGAUGUUCGGAGCCAUUGAUCAACUUUUGGAGAAAACUGGUGUAAGGGCUAAGGAUAUUGGGAUCUUGGUCGUGAAUUGUAGUCUGUUCAAUCCGACGCCGUCUUUGUCUGCCAUGAUCAUCAAUCACUAUAAGCUGAGAGGGAAUAUACUAAGCUAUAACCUUGGUGGUAUGGGAUGUAGUGCCGGCCUUAUCUCUAUUGACCUAGCCAAACGCCUCUUGCAGGUGCAUCCAAAUUCUUAUGCUUUAGUAGUAAGCAUGGAGAACAUAACCCUAAACUGGUACUUCGGCAACAACCGAUCCAUGCUCGUCUCGAAUUGCCUCUUUCGAGUGGGCGGAGCAGCGAUUCUACUGUCCAACCGUUCAUGUGAUCGCCGGCGUUCAAAGUACCAACUUUUGCACACAGUUCGAACACACAAAGGCGCAGAGGACAAAUCAUACGGCUGCGUCUUCCAAGAAGAAGACGAUAACAAAAACAUUGGCGUCUCUCUCUCCAAAGACCUCAUGGCUGUUGCAGGAGAAGCCCUCAAAGCCAACAUCACAACCCUUGGCCCUCUGGUUCUUCCCAUGUCGGAACAGCUUCUCUUCUUCUUCACGCUGGUGGCUAGAAAAGUUCUGAAGAUGAAGGUUAAGCCCUAUAUUCCAGACUUCAAGCUUGCUUUUGAGCACUUCUGUAUUCAUGCUGGGGGAAGAGCGGUUUUGGAUGAGUUGGAGAAGAACUUAGAGCUCAGUGAUUGGCACAUGGAGCCAUCGAGAAUGACACUGUACAGAUUUGGGAACACUUCGAGCAGUUCAUUGUGGUACGAAUUGGCCUAUACUGAAGCUAAAGGGAGGAUCAAGAAGGGUGAUAGGACAUGGCAGAUUGCUUUUGGGUCUGGGUUUAAGUGUAACAGUGCUGUGUGGCGUGCCUUGAGGACAGUUAAUCCUGCGAAGGAGAAGAAUCCUUGGAUCGAUGAGAUUCAUGAGUUUCCAGUUCAUGUUCCUAAAGUGGAAACCAUCGGCUCCUAAAAUUUGAUGUUAUCCAAUUAUAUAUAUAUAUAUAUAUAUAUUAUAUAUUGGGAAGUAUAAGUAGAUGAUAAUUGAUCCUGUGGCUUUUUAAUUUGCCAAUGAGGUGAAGUUGGGAGAGUGUGGAUAAAUUUAUCGCCCUACCUGAACAGUUAUGGAAUGAUUAAUUGUGGGAUUGUAAAGUGAAGAACUUUGAAUUGAGUUAUUAAUUUUAAUUGGUGGCCGUGUCGUAAUUAAACUUUAUUUAUUGACCUUUGAAAGGUUAUGUAAAUUCGAAUGUGAAUUCCAGGCGGCGUUGGAAAAAACCUUUGAACUAUAGAGUAAAAUAUAAUUUCUGAGCUAUUA